UAUCAAUUAAAAGAAACGAAACGAAAUUGUAUAACCAGAAAACGGAUAUCUAAUUAGGGUUCUGAGGGUGAGAACCCUGGAUUGCUCGAAGUGUUGAGCUACGUUCCUCUCUGUGUCGUUAGGGUUUCGAGUGGUCGUGUUCUCUCUAGAAGCAGGUAUCUUCAAAAUCUUCGUUUUGACACAUCCACCUUAUUUGCCACUCCUUCUGCAUCGGGGCGCACUGGUGUUUUUGUGAUAUUUUGGGAAAUGGGUGAGACUGGAAAACGAUAUCAUUCACAGAGAGACCAUGAUGGGGACAGGAAAAAUCAAAAGAGACGUGUGAAUGACAGAGACGACAGGGGUAAUGAUGAAUUGAUUGUUUAUAGGAUACUCUGCCCUGAUGAAGUUAUUGGGAGUGUUAUCGGGAAGAAUGGGAAAGUGAUAAAUUCAAUUAGGCAAGAAACCAGAGCAAAAGUCAAGGUUGUGGAUCCGUUUCCUGGUGCCAAGGACCGGGUUAUAACGAUCUACUGCUAUGUUAAAGAGAAGGAAGAAGUUGAGAUUAACGAUGAGUUCACUGGUAAAGAACCAUUAUGUGCUGCUCAAGAUGCUCUUCUCAAGGUUCAUGUUGCCAUUGUCAAUUCCAUUACAACUCUUGGAGAUUCUGAGAAGAAACGGAAGGAUCGAGAUGAAUGUCAAAUUCUUGUUCCAUCAAGCCAGUCUGCAAAUAUCAUUGGUAAGGCAGGCACUACCAUUAAAAAGCUGAGAAGUAAAACACGAGCAAAUAUCAAGGUUACUGCCAAGGAUGCAGCAGAUCCAGCACACUCAUGUGCUAUGGAUUUUGACAAUUUUCUCUCGAUUACUGGUGAAUCAGAAGCAGUUAAAAGAGCACUAUUUGCAGUUUCCUCUAUUAUGUAUAAGUUUGGUCCGAAGGAGGACAUCUCUCUUGACACAACAGUACCAGAAGCCCCACCUAGCAUUCUUAUUCCCUCUGAUGUUCCUAUUUAUCCUCCUGGUGGACUAUAUCCACCUUCAGACCCUAUUGUCACACCUAGAGCAGUUCCUCCAAUUAUAGGUGCAACUAAUGUUCAAGAUCUGCAAGGUUAUGCUGAUGCUGGCAAUACUUGGCCUCUGUACUCUUCUGCCCUUCCAGUUGUUUCUGGCUCUGGUGCUUCCCAGUCUGAGGAGUUAAUUGUUAGAAUUCUGUGCCCUUCUGACAAGAUUGGUCGUGUCAUUGGGAAGGGAGGUAGUACAAUUAAAAGUAUGAGGCAGGCUAGCGGUGCUCAUAUUGAGGUUGAUGAUUCCAAGGCUAAUUAUGACGAGUGUUUAAUCAUUAUAACUACAACAGAGUCGCCAAGUGAUCUAAAGUCAAUGGCUGUUGAAGCUGUUCUACUGAUGCAAGGGAAAAUAAAUGAUGAAGAUGAUACCACUGUUUCAAUGCGGCUUCUAGUUCCAUCCAAGGUGAUAGGUUGUAUUAUUGGUAAAAGUGGCUCAAUCAUAAAUGAAAUUCGGAAGAGAACUAGGGCUGAUGUUCGAAUCUCGAAAGGUGAUAAGCCAAAAUGUGCUGAUGUGAAUGACGAACUUGUUGAGGUGGGUGGCUCAGUUGAUUGUGUAAGAGAUGCACUGAUCCAGAUUAUAUUAAGACUCAGAGAUGAUGUGUUGAGAGAAAGGGAUACUAGCCAUAAUCAUUCUAUAGGUAUAGGUGCCGAAUCCUUGUACUCAGGUAGUGCGGGUUUUUCAUUGCCAUCUGUGCUUCCUUCGGUCCCUCCUGUUGCUGCUCCAUUGGUUUAUGAUCAGAGGGCUGAAAGUGGAGCUGGCCUGGGCAUGCUUUCUUCAAGCAGCCUUUAUGGAUAUGGAUCUUUGUCGAUGGGAGAAAAUGGCUAUGGCUCUAUAUCCUCGUAUACCAACAAGCUAUAUGGAGGUUUACCUCCCCCAUCAACUCUGGAUAUGUUGAUUCCAGCCAAUGCUGUUGGUAAAGUGCUGGGUAAAGGAGGGGCAAAUAUAGCCAAUAUCAGGAAGAUUUCGGGAGCAACAGUUGAGAUAUCAGACUCCAAAUAUGGCCGUGGUGAUCGUAUUGCUCUUAUAUCUGGCACACCUGAACAAAAGCGUGCUGCUGAAAACUUGAUCCAGGCAUUUAUAAUGGCAACCUGAAUUAUUGAAGUUCGUUCUUGGGGUAUUGAAGGUGAAAAGUUUAUUUCUUGAAGUAUCUCCUUGUUCCUCUCCUUAGUUUCUGUUAGGUUGGUCCUGGAGAGACAAUGUUCUCUAGGGUUAUUCAGCUUGACUCCUGCUUCUCCCACAACAGUGGCUAACAAGUUCGUGCUUGAGGAUCCAUUGCUGGUUUUUGUAUGUAGGAAUUAUAGUUCCUUUCCUUUUGUUUCCUCUUGAUCUGCUCUCAUCUGGGUUUUAUCGUAGAAUCUAGGAUCAUUCUGUCCUUUCAUGAUGUUUGUCUUGGACUAGUGUGGAGUCAUCGCUAUCUCCAUAAAUUAUUCAGUGGAACCAUAAAGCGGUGUUUAUUAUGUUUCUGAUGGCUCACCAUCUUGUUCUCCUUUCUUGCUGAAAAUAUCUUCCCUAUAGAUGCAAAAUGAGAUGCUGAGUCUCUAGCUAUCUGUGCUUUCUUGUAUCCUUGGUUACCCAAGUAAUUUAUCCAGAAGGAGGGAAGUUGCCUCAUGAACUCAAAUGAUUUCGGAAAACCCUGGACCACUUUCUUUCCCCUAAUUCUAUUUCCGUAUCUUGUAAUUCUGUCAUGCAUGAGGACAUUUACAGCUAGAUAUAACCGUCUUGCAUCAUCUCAAACAUGAUUCAAUAUAAAUGUAUAGAAAUGCUAGGAGCCAAAUUUUUUGUGGUUUAAAAAAUCAUUAAGACAAGAUAAAUGCAAAGUAGGAAGAUAUGGCUUGUUCCUCCUUGUCAUAAAGAAACCAUAAGACAUCAAAGAGCAAUCAAAAGCAUCGUGAGCUUGAGAUGUUUGAAUUGUCUCCUGGAACUGUCUUGAUCCUACAGUCUUCACUGAAUGUGAAAGAUUUCUAGCAAUAUUCUUUUGCUUGUGUAGCACUAUUCAUACAUAUUAUCUGAAAAUCCUCUGGAUUUUAUUUCUACAUUUGUACAUUCUGUUCGUUUUUAAUCUGCCUUGUGAUGGACGCCACUCAAGAAAAUAUAUACUAAAGGUUGUCCCGAGUGAUACUUGAUCCCUGCACUGCCGGCAAAGUUUGCUCAUAUGGGGCUCAGUUUGUCAGUUGUGCCACAUCUGCUAGUUGCUGCCUGUCAGAUUUUAAUGUUGCAAACCAUCGUAUCCAAUAUGAUGCAGGGUUCUAUCGUUCAAUCUAAAUUCUACCAGGGGUGGCUGAUGAGUUUAUAUGCCUGAUAUUCUCUUUCUGACUUAUUUGUUUUCCUAUUUACCGCAUAUAAUAUUUUAGUAUUCCAAUUCAAUUUGAUUUUUUAGUUAAGGUGAUUUGGGUAAAAUUCUGCUAAAGAAUCCAACCCUAGUAAAAUUUAAAUUUGUGGACAAAGAUUGGGGUCUGUUAUGUCUAAAUAUAUAGUAUGCAACAAGAUUGGGUAAUA